AUGGCUAUUGUAACCGAUGCUCAGUUUGAACACUAUCACGCACCGAAUAAUAUUGGGGUUCAAGAGACGACUCCCCGUAUCUCUUGGAAAAUUCAGAACGCAGCGUCUGAGUUCACCCAGCGAUCAUACGAAAUCGAGCUGUCAGAACAUUUAGCGACUAUCCAGACACCUCGAGUUACGACAGUCAAAAUCGUCUCGGCUCAGCGGUUUCUUGUCCCUUGGCCCUUUUCGAAGCCGUUGCAGUCUCGACAAAAGGUCUCUGUCCGCGUUAGGAUCUGGGACCAGGAAGGAAAUUCUCAAGCUCGCCUGUACAUCACUGCUCAAGGAGUUUACGAAGCAGAGAUCAAUGGCCGGAGAGUCGGUGAUUAUUUCCUGGCUCCUGGUUGGACCUCAUACGACGGAAGACUGCAAUAUCAGACCUACGAUGUCACUAAUCUACUGAACGUCAGUAGUUCAGAAAACUGCAUGGGGGUCAGAGUUGUAGAAGGGUGGUUUUCUGGCAGGAUCGGCUUCGAGGGUGGGCAUCGCAACAUCUGGGGCCCUCAUACAGCACUCGUUUCGCAACUCGAGAUCACGUUUUCUGAUGGUCGCGUUGAGUACAUCGGUACCGAUGGCUCCUGGCGUGUCACUAGGGGCCCCAUUAGGCUUGCUGAGAUAUACGACGGGGAGAAAUAUGAUGCGACUUUGGAGAUCGAGAAAUGGUCCGACCCGAUAACCACUACAGACUUCGAUAUGUCCCGCUGGGAGCCUGUUUUUGCGUUGCCAUUCUUACCCGAGUCAACCAAAUUGGUCGCUGGACUUGGCGAGCCCGUCAGAAGAGUUGAGGUUAUCAAGCCUGUGGAUCAAAUCACCACACCUACGGGGAAAACCAUUGUCGAUUUUGGCCAGAAUCUAGUUGGCUAUCUUAAGUUAACGAACAUCAGCGGCUCGCGAGGCCAUGUUAUCAAGCUCUCGCAUUCUGAAGUUCUGGAGCACGGAGAACUUGGAACUCGUCCAUUGAGGAUCUGCAAAGCUGUCGACGAGUACAUCCUCAAGGGCAGCGCUGAGGGUGAACAGUAUGAGCCGCGAUUCACCUUUCACGGUUUCAGAUAUGCCCAAAUUGAUGGAUGGACCGGCGAUCACGAUGUCAUGACCUCUGUCGAGGCAGUUGUGUGCCAUACCGAUAUGAAACCUGUUGGAUUGUUCUCAUGUUCCGAUGACAUGCUCAACAAGCUAUAUGAGAACAUUACCUGGGGCAUGCGGGGAAACUUCCUUUCAGUGCCAACUGAUUGUCCACAGCGCGAUGAGCGGCUCGGCUGGUCUGGCGAUCUGGCCUUGUUUGCGCCCACUGCCUCUCUCAUUUACGACUGUUUUGGCAUGUUGAAGAAUUGGCUCAUCGACGUCGAGUAUGACCAAGGAGUCCUUGGCGGUGUUCCUCCAAUGGUGAGCCCUAACGCAACAUUGCCGGAUCCGAUCUGGUGCAGGAGAGUUCCGUGUGCGAUAUGGCACGACGUGACUAUCCUCGGUCCAUGGGCACUGUACCAGGAGACUGGCGAUGAGACCAUCUUGGCGCAGCAGUACAACAGUAUGUUGACCUGGAUGAGGGUGUUGCCCAGAAACAAGUCCGGAGCGACACACCUAUGGGAUACUUCCGUCUUCCAGCUUGGGGAUUGGCUUGAUCCAGCGGCACCCCCCGACGCACCUUGGAAAUCGCCCACUGAUGCCAAGAUGGUUGCCAACAUGUUCCUGAUCCAAAGCCUGAAUCUCAUGGCCCGAAUCUCCGCAAUCUUGAGACACAAAGACAAACAAGCCGAAUUUGAGAAAGAAGCCGACGCCGCGAAGACAGAGUUCCAUCUUGAGUACGUUACCCAGAACGGCCGCAUCGUAUCAGAUACGCAAGCAGCAUACGCUCUGGCAAUUUGUCUUGACAUUCUCAAUCCCCAACAACGAAUCACAGCCGGAGCGAGACUUGUUGAACUUGUAAGGAAGAACAACUUCAAGAUUGCCACUGACUUCGCGGGGACCUCAUAUCUGUGUGAAGCCCUCUUUUCUACAGGUCAUACCCAGGUCGCAUACAGCAUGCUGUUGGAGAAGGAGUGCCCUUCUUGGCUUUAUCCCAUUACCAUGGGUGCAACCACGGUUUGGGAGAGAUGGGAUUCCAUGUUGCCCGACGGGAGCAUCAAUCCCAGCGAGAUGACAUCCUUCAACCACUACGACUUUGGAGCCAUCGCGAAGUUUCUGUAUGAGAGGGUGGCGGGACUCCAAAGGCUUGAACCGGGCUGGACUCGCUGUCGGGUGGCGCCGGUGCUCGGAGCCGAAUUCACCCAUGCAUCGGCUGCCCAUCUUUAG